AUUAUGUAGGCCUACACUGCUAUUGUUUAAACAAGUAAACCGUAAGUCCGUAACCGUUCUACACUCAGUAACACUCGACUACAAGCUACAACAAUCAACCGGAUCAACAGCAAAACAACUUGUUAACUGUUUGUAGUAAUUAUUAAUUAGCAAGUACCAAGUAAGUAACGUGGACUUACGUGGGCACAUUGGCAUCCAGCAUUUCAGCAUUCAGCAGCAUCAACUCAAACAAUUAAUAGUGAGUUACUGACAGUUAAAUCGAAUUGUUAUUGAAGGAAACAUGGACACCCAAAAAACAUUGGAUAACUUCAUCAAGACUAGAAAAAGACCCACCAUCGAAGAUGGUUUGCAUAAAAAGGAACUUGUGAACAAUAGUUUUGGAAUAAAUAAACCGACUAGAAAACUAUCGUUUGAUUUUACGGCGCAGAAAUCAGUUAAAAAACAAAAGAUUGAUCCUGGUUUAACAAAAACAUUUAUUCAAGAUAAUCUAAAUGUUUCUGUUGUCAACAAUGCAGUUAAAAAUAUUUUGGAAAGGAAACAGGCUGAAAUUAAUGAUGAAAUUCAUUCAGAGAGAGCUACAACUCCAGAUCAAACAUCAUCAACUAAAGCCAAAUUGCGUAAAGAAUUGGAUUUGGGCGAAUUUCGUCAAAUUGUCUGCCGUAAACACAACCUUAAAAAAUUACAAGAAAAGUUGAGUGCAGUAGAACAAUCUCAAAUUGAUCUUAAAUCUGCGGAAUCUAAAGUAGAAACUGCCAAAAAUCAUUACUUAUCUUCAUUUAAAUCAGUCGAUCUCUUGGUGGAUACUAGCCCAGUAAAAGUUGCAUCAAGUCCUGUAGCAAAAUCUCAUCUUAAACCUACUGCCUUAUUUCUCAGCCCAGCACAAUCUAUUGUUAGUCCGAGGAAAGUAAUGAUGACCACUCAGGUGGAUCAGCCUAAAGAAUAUAUGUCGCCUAAAAAAUUAUUAAACGAAGUUGGAUCUCUUUUGGCUUUGUCUCCAUCAAAACGAUAUGCAUCAUUGGUUGAUUCUAAAACAUUACCUUUGCCUUUGAAGUACCGAAUUUUGGAUGAAUUAUUCAAAGCUGUGGAAACUGUUUCAUCAAUGAUGUUUGUUAGAAAAGAAAAAAUUACAUUUAAUAAACUCAAACGGGGUGUUCAGCACAUGACUAGAAAAAAUUUUACUGAAUUACACUUGGCAAAAAUUAAAACUGUAGUUCCAGAUUUCUUCAAGUUUGCAUUAGUAAAAUCUCCAAAAGAGAAAUCUAGUUAUGAAUUAGUAAUAAUUCCAAAUUAUGGCUCAAGUAACGAAGAUAACAUUGACUUAAUUGAACAAACAACUCGAAGAAAAAAGGCAUUUACUAAUGCACUACUUGACAUUAUGAAGGAACAUCAUGAUAAAUAUUUGAAUUCAUUAAUUCCGCCUAUUGUGAUCGAUAAAGAUAAAAUAACCAGAUGGCAUCCAGAGUUUGAUGUUGAAACUGCUAAAGAUAUCAUUCCUUCGACAUUACCUAAAAUUGAAAUAAACAAACCAAAAAUUGAAACUGCAAAAGAUUUAAUAGAUAAAUCACAUGCAUUGUUUGCUUACAAUAAUCGUUUGAAUCGGACUCUUAAAACAAUGAACAUUGAAAAUAAAAGUGUACCUGAAAAAAAAUUUCCAUCGACAGAUGCAAAAAAUGCACUAAAAGGAGCACUCAAAGGGAUUCCUAAAUCAUUUUUACUGAGGAUUCAAGAAAAGCAAGCACAAAAAGCCAAAGAGUUGAUGACACGGUCAGUGGGUCAAUUAAAUGAGGAUAGAAUGAUGGAUAGAUUACCAGAUAUUGCAAGAGGUAUGCGUACCUAUUUUGUACAACUACAAAGAAAUGUAAUGCCCUUCAAAAAAGUCGUCGAUCAGCUAAAGCAGAGUUAUCCCGAAGCUAUGACAGACGAGGAAUGGAAAGCUCAUUUUAAUCUUCUCCAAGAAAAAGUACCUCAUUGGAUUGUAUCAAAAGUCUUUGAUGGAAUUGAACAUGUUCGAAUUGAUAAAAAAGUUGAUUUUGAAGAAACUGUGAUUAAAACAUUGAAAAAAUAAUUUUGAUUUAACAGACUAAAAUUUAUGAACAAAUUGCUUAAUUUUUUUUUAUUAGUAAUAUGUAUUUUUAUUUUCCAACAAUUUAUUUUGAGAUUUUUUCUACAUCAUGAAUAGCCAACAAAAAUUUUAAAAAUCAUUUAUAUAGAAUUGUAUAAGAAUAGUAAUGUAUUUUACUAUUUUACAUUUCAAAUAAUAUUUAAUCAACUGAUAAUAAAGUUAUUAUUUUGCUCCAAUAAGUUUUAAUUUGAAUAUAAUUAUAAUUAAGUAUGACAUAUUAAAUUUACUAUAUAUCCACUUGACUACUUAUUAAAAUAAUAUGACUUAACUUUUUGAAGUUAAUACUUAAAUAGUUUUUUGUUAUUUAUUUGAUUAUAUAUGCAUUUUAAAUAUUACAAUUCUUGACGAUUUUUAACUAAACGCAAUAUAAUUUAAGCAAAUUGUGGGCAAAUGAUUUAGAAAAAUAUUGCAUUAUAAAUUGCAUCUAAAUUUAAACUUCUUUAUUGUAUAACUCAGUGGCCAAUUCAAUGUAACUUAUAAAAAUAUUCAAUUCUUAAUAAAAUAAUUAUGUUUAUUGUUUAGUAUUUACCGUAAUAUAUCAUAUACACAAUUUGUAAUUUAAAA